AUGUUUGACACGAGGACAGCAGUUCGUUUGGAGUCGGGACAGGUCGAAGGAUAUCAGGAUCCUGCGGACCAGGGUCUGGCGGCUCAACGUUCACGACUGUGCCAGGUGGCUCAUGACGGGACGGAGAAAAACCAGUGGGGCCAGCGUCGUCAUGAGCAGAACCAGCGGGGAAUGCUGGCAUAG